GCUGUGUGGAUUUUGAGUUUUGCGUUACUGUUGAUGAAGUCAAUAAGCGACUCGGGUGGGUAUGUGUCGUUCGGUCUCCCAGAGUUUGAAAACUCUCAAAAAACCAGCGGAUUUCUGAAAAGAUUUGUGAAUAGACUGACAAGCAGUACUGCACUUCACACAAAGGAUGCUAAAGAUAAAUUUCAGUCCACAGAAGUCCCUCAGAUAUCAGCUGAUAGUAAAAAUGAACAUAAUAAAUUGUCCCACAAUGGCCUCUCAGCAUUGGAUGAAAACAUACCUGACGGAAUGUCUAACUCUUCUUCACAUAAUCAAUUGCCUGGAUCUAUUCGACCACCCGAAAGACGCUACUGGAUGCAAGAUGAAAAUUGCAAAUUUUGUUUUGAAUGCGGUACACGUUUUACUGCCAUCCGCCGUAAACAUCAUUGCCGUGUUUGUGGGAGGAUAUUUUGUAAUCAGUGCAGUAAUCAGAUUGUUGAAGGGACACAAAUUGGACUUGAUGGUCUUCAACGAGCCUGCAGUUAUUGUGCUGAAACACUAAUUAGUACUAAUACCAAUAAACCAGAACAUUCAUUGGACAAAAGUUCUGUCAGAUCGCUAAAUACAGACAAUAUCCAUGGUUUGAAGAAAAAAAUAAGCUUGACAGAAAAAUCCCUCAGAAACAAUAACCGACCAAAGUCUGUUCCAUCUCAUGUUAGUCAUCUUUCCAAUCUCACUAUACGCAUGAGUACUGGUUUGUUGAAUAUAUCCAAUUCAAAAGCAUUGCUUACUUCACCUUCAUAUUUGAACAGAAUAGCUGUAGAUUUAGUUAGCCCAAACAAUUCUACUUCUACCAAUUCAGCAGAUGGAUGCAGAGACUUGUUUCCUACAUUUUUCUCGGCAACCUUCCCAAACGGUAAUGAUGCAUCUCCGUCAGUGGAUUCUAUUAGACAAACAAUGUGCACCAUUGAAUCUAAUACAUUUGGUGUAAUUCGUCGAACACCGCGCAUAAGUCAAGGUCCAGUUUUAAAUGAAUCGUUGAAUAUAGAUAUUUGCAGUGCUCCAUUCAAAAAAAUUUCUUCAUCUCAUUCGUUUGAAUGUUUAACAAGCAGUGCAUCGCAGUCAUUAUUCAAUUCAUCAGCAGGUCAAGAUAUACUUUAUUUAUGGUCAAGACUUUGGGCUAAUUCACCAAAGGAUCUUGAUUUUUCAACUAUCAGUAUUUCACAGUUGACUGCAUCAUCAACUCGACCAUUAAGUCGUGUGCAUAGCCAUUCAAAUGAAAAUUUAACGAAAGACAAUAGUUCAUGUAAAUCGCUACAAUUAUUUAGAUUAAAAAACGAAAAUGAAGAGUACUACUGUACUUAUGGCCUAGCACUAGUUUAUUGGUUAGUCAAUAAUAUACCGGGUUUGGAACGUUGUAGAAUGAAAGGACGACUGGUCUGCCAAAAAUUUAUCGACCUUGGUUUACUAACUGAUCUACAAAAUCCUAACUGUAAACAGUUUUAUGACAACUUUACAUUUUAUAAAUUAAAACAGAUUGAUUCAAAUAGUCGAUUAUAUCAUCAAACUAAUUCAAGAAGAAAAACUGUGGAUUUUACUUCAUUUUAUAAUAAUUUUAAUGUCAACUCAACUUCUACUAAUAGUACUACUUAUUCAAGUAUACUUGAGAUUCAUGAACCAAAUUGGUUAUUAGAGAUUAAUAGUUCUGUGAAUGAGAUUUCUAGAUCUUCUUCACCUUGCUUGAUGGCAAGCUCCAAUGAUUUAAUAUCAAAACCACCUGGGGGUAAAUUAAUGGAUAUUAUAGUUUCUUGUAUUUAAAUUUUUAUUAAUUGAAAUUCAUGAACACAGAAAAGAUUGACAAAAUAUGCCAAAUUUCGGCACAUAUUUUUCACAUAUUGUUCAUUUUUUAUGCAAUCUUGUCAGUAAACCUAUCGAAAGGAUGUUCAAUUGAUUAACACAAAUUUUCAAGAGAACAUACAAGUUUGACCAUUGACAGAUACAUAAACAGAGAGAGUAAAUUAGGUAGAAUAUUGUAUUUGUUCAUGGCAUUUUUCUAUUCAUAUAGAUCUAGUGACUGAGUGUUAGAACAGAAUACCCAAAUAAGUUGUUUCUUCGUUAUUUCUGAUGGACAAAAUAAUUUGUUCAAUCCGUUUCUUUUGAUAUAGAAAUGAGUUGCUACCUAGCUUGUAAAAUUUGUACCAGGCGGAAAUUAAACAAGUCACAGUUUCAUGAAUCUAUAUUGUUAAGCGUCCUAUUUUUAUUACGUACAGGUUGUCGUUUAUAUACAUCACAUGUGAUUGAAAAAUCUACAAGGUCUGUAGUGAUACCAUACAUAUGUUUAUUAGUGAUAUACAUAUUCCCUUCCGCCUGGAGCUCCUCUGAAGCUUUUGUCAGUCCCAAGCCCGGAUAAAGGAGGAGGGUUGGACGUGGGGUUAGCGACCCCACCCCAUAGAACACUAACUUACCAAAAAAACGCUAACCAGAAAAAAAUUAUCCAAACCAUCUAAACUCUGCCCUGGGAGUCAGAAGGUCUUCAUUUAGAAGAGUUAUGACGCCUCAUGGUGAAAGCCUAAUUCCUUCGGAAUUCACUAAGCUGAUGCCCCUUCUGACAACCAUUUAUUUAGGUACAUAUAAUGCUCGUGCAAUGUGGGAGACUGGGAGAAUCUUCCAAAUUGCUUCAGAAAUAAGGAGAUACAACCUGGAGUUGCUUGGGGUCAGUGAAACACACUGGACGCAAGUUGGACAACAACGACUAGCUUCAGGGGAGCCUCUGUUAUACUCUGGCCGUGAAGAAAAAAAUGCCCCACAUAUACAAAGAGUUGCAUUGACGCUAUCCAAACAAGCACAAAAUGCACUUAUAAGAUGAGAAUCUCAUGGGCCAAAAAUAACCAAAGCCUCCUUCCAAACAAAGAAAGAGGACGUUACAAUGAACGUCAUCCUAUGUUAUGCGCCUACCGACGACUACAAUGAAGACGUUAAAGAUCAAUUCUACGAUAGGGUGCAGUCAAUCUCCGAGAAGUGCCCAACAAAGGACUUGACCAUUCUGAUGGGAGACCCAAAUGACAAGGUAGGAAUGGACAACACCAGAUAUGAAGACAUCAUGGGACGACAUGGACUGGGAGAAAGGAACGAAAAUGGUGAGAGAUUCGCAAACCUAUGUGACUUCAAUAAACUGGUCAUAGGUGGCACUAUAUUCCCACAUAAACGCAUUCACAAAACCACAUGGACUUCACCGGGUCACAUUAUGCACAGCAAUAGAUUCCAGGUCUUUCAUGAUCUACUCAAUGGAGAGGAAACGACUAUGGACAGCAAGUGGAAAGGGAUAAAAGAGGUAAACACUUCAACAUGUCAUGAAGUUCUGGGCCACAAGAAGCGCUACCACAAGGAAUGGAUUACUGUUGAUACGCUGGAU